AUGGGUGUGAUACUUUAUGGGAAGGACAAGAAGCAAGGACAACUUGAUAUGAAGAAAUGGUUCAUGAAUGUGAAAGCGAGCGACAUGAUGUCUCUGGAUCGAAGUUUGCCUGACACACGAAGAGAAGAAUGCUUGGAUAUUAAAUAUGACCUCGAAAACCUUCCUCAAAAAUUGCUCCAGGAAGUUGUCCAGUUUCGAUACAUUGUUGGGGUUGUAAUUUCCUGGAAGCCCAUUCCAUCCUGCGCGCAGUGCCUCCGAAAAAGUAGUCGCCAUCUGAUUAAUUUUAGUGAUGAUUCAUUUUUAAAAUCGCUUUAA